GCAAAACCAGGAGAAAACCCUGACAUUCUCUAAGUGGAUGGCAGCCAUCAACAUGGCUGUAAUUAAUCUACAAUGUCUGCUGUGAAAACGACCGUUGUAAAUAAAAUAUAUGCAGACCGCUGACUCUAAGCUAGCUGCUCUGUUUAUGGGUCAUGCCGGUUGUUACUGUUUACCUUCAACACACAUUUUGCCCCAUUUUUUUAUUCCUUGCUUAUAUGUAUUUGGUAUAUUUCCAAGUGCUUUAACGGUGAAGUUGAAAAUAGAAAAUAAACUGCAGCUUUUCUCUACUGAUUUGUUGAAAGUAAUUGUUUUUCCAUUGACAAGGAUCAAUGCAUCAAUCAAUGCUUAUGAAAAACUAGUUUAAGGGUAAUGAGGAGCUGGUGUGGUGAUCACAUGUUCUUAUUCAUGUCCUUACAUCAUUUUUUUGUUCUUUAUAGAUUUUUUUUCCUUUUUGUUCUCUAUAAUAAAAUACUUCAAAGAAUGACAAAGACACUUGAUGUUACUACUAGGAGUAAUUGGAAGUCUGUGGACAUUUGCAGCAUUCAGUUCGCCUGGAGGUGUUAUGUAAUACCCAGACUGUUAAACAGAGACCUCAUUGCUGAUGGGCAACCCUUUGUGCUUUUAUGUAGUGUAUAUACGGUCAUUGAAGAAACACACUCUGUAUUCUAAUUAUUGAUAAUUGUCCCUGCAGUCUGUUACUGAACUGGCAGCUCCACAUGCACGAGUUUAUGUCGAGUUGUGUUAGUGCAGAGCUGUGCUGCUGGGGCUGUCACACAGAGAGUCACCACGAGAGGGAGGGACUUAGGCUGCAGGACAAUGCUAGUGUUUGUGCAACGGCCCCUGAGUGGCGGCUGGUUCUCUCAGAUCGCUCUCGCUUGACUACCAUUGCUGCAAGCAGUGUUGAAGUGAAAGAAAGUGGACAGUUUGAUCCUGCCUGUGGGAUGCAUCAACAAAGGUAAGAUCCCUAUUCCCCACUGCUGUGUUUCUGUAAAAUGUCUCAUAGGGCUUGUGUCUUGUAAACCGUGUUAAGAGGGGUUCUCCAGCACAAUUUUGGGGGAAACUGGAGGUUGGCUUGGGGGUGAGGCACCCUUGUCUGUGUUUUGGCAGGAUCACUGCUGUGAGUGAAUGGAACCAAAAGAAAGUUUCACAGAAAGCGGCUCAGUGAAAGGCAUGUGUAGAAUGUGACUAGGCUCCAGUAGAAAAGACAGAGUUCAGAGGCAGAAAAUGACUUAGCCGUUUUAUAAAACGGUCUUGAAAUUGCCGGGGUGUUGGGAGAUGACAUCAGAUGAUACAAAGUCCAAAUCAAGAUAGGUAAAAUGAAGGAGGAGAGAUUGUUUCCGUUACUCUCAGUGAAAAAGACAGGAGAGGACAGAGUGAAGGUUUACAGUGGGGUAAAAAUAGAAACACAAUGGAGGUGAAGAGAUUAAGAGAGAGAUUAAUUAGAGAGCUGAGGGAAAAGGCAAGUCAGAAUGGGGAAAAGCAGAAAAAUGUACAGAUAAAAAUUAAAUAUAGCAAAAGGAAGCGAGAGUUGUAAACUCCAGAGAAGGUUUCCACAGCAUUUCUGUUGUCUCUUAUGCCCCUUAAAAAAGCUAGACUACAACCUACUGUACUCUGAUUAAAAAAAGAAAGAAAAAACUUGUAACUCAAUCUUUUUAAACCUUGCUUUAAAAAUCGUUUCCAGUUCUUUGUGAAAACCGGAUUCUAAUUGCAGAGCGGGAAUGGCUGGGCUCUCAUUUUCAGUUCUCCCCUCCUUGUUAGAUCAAAUCCCUUUUAGCAGACAGAUUAGAGAGACUCAAGAUGUUCUUUCUCAGUGUGUUAGUCCUAGGGUAUGCUGCCAUUCAAAAUUAUGAAUGAGUAGCUCUAGACCCAGAACAACAGCAGACACUAAAACCAAUUAAUCAGCCUUAACUGCAUGUGUUUUCUGUGUCCUGAUAGUGGGGUAAAAGAUCAAACACUGGUCUUUUUGGCCACAACAGAAUAGAGGGCGUCCACCCAUGCAGUGCCAGGGAGAAGAAGGCGGUCUUUUCCAACCACAUUAAAAAGAAGCUGUGAUUGUGGUGUGGGUGAGGAGGUAAGGGCUGAAAGGUGGUGAGAACGAAGACGGGAGAAGUUGGUGGAAGAGGAGAGGAGUAGUAGGUCUGGGCAAGGAGCCCAAAAACAGGCGAGGAUGGGAGAGAAGAAAGUUAGUCUCCCUGCUAAGCUGAUUAAUGGGGGCGUGGCAGGCCUGGUUGGUGUGACAUGUGUAUUUCCUAUUGACCUGGCAAAGACCCGCCUACAGAACCAGCAGGGCAUCCAAGUCUACAAAGGAAUGUUUGACUGUCUAGCAAAGACAGUGCGCUCGGAGGGCUACUUUGGAUGCUACAGAGGUGCAGCAGUGAACCUCACGCUUGUUACGCCAGAAAAAGCAAUCAAACUGGCUGCCAAUGACGUCUUCAGACAGAAGCUCUCUAAGGAUGGGCAUCUGCCCCUGUGGGGGGAGGUACUGGCUGGUUGUGGAGCUGGGACCUGUCAGGUGGUGGUCACCACUCCCAUGGAGAUGCUUAAAAUCCAGCUCCAAGAUGCAGGAAGGCUUGCUGCACAACGACCUGUACCAGCUCCAGCUCAGGCUGCUGCUCCUAGUCCAGCUCCAUCAUUGGUGGCCCCUACACCACAAGUCCAAUCAAUUCCUCCACGGCGGCCUUCAGCCACCGGCAUCACUGCGGAGCUGCUGAAGACUCGUGGCCUUGCUGGCCUCUAUAGAGGGGCAGGAGCUACUUUAAUGAGGGAUGUCCCCUUCUCAAUGAUCUACUUCCCGCUCUUUGCCAACCUUAAUACUCUGGGGCGGGAGAAAGGAGGCAGCCAGGCAGACAUGCAGGCCAAGGCUCCGUUCUGGCAGUCCUUUGUGGCGGGCUGCUCCGCUGGCUCCGUGGCUGCUGUGGCCGUUACACCACUGGAUGUCAUCAAGACGCGCCUGCAGACCUUGCAAAAAGGUGAGGGAGAAGACUCCUACAGAGGUAUUCUUGACUGCACAAGGCGCAUCAUGAGGCGAGAAGGCCCUACGGCGUUCCUGAAGGGUGCAGCAUGUCGUGCUUUAGUCAUCGCUCCUCUUUUUGGCAUUGCACAGGGUGUUUACUUUCUUGGUGUGGGGGAGAUGGUUCUGGGUUUGAUGGGAUAGCGUUGAUGGGCAUUUGGUGGUGGUUGUGCUGUUUCUGUACAAAUAACCUCCCGCUUUAAUCUGCACAGAAUGAAUGACGCGUCUGAAUGAGCAGCGAACACAGAGAAAAAGCCACAUUCUGCUAACCAAAGGAAAAGAGAUAAUUAAGAGGUUCUAUUUACUAAAAUUGGACUA